AAAAAAUGCGAUGUGCAUCUGUCGCUCAUAACGACAAUGGCCCAUAAACCGUCAUACAGCUGUACAGCACUGCGUUUAUGAGUCUGUUAAUAGGCGUACCUUUCUCUUGGGAUGUCAGAGGACAGAAGAUAUGAGUCUCGCUUGUCAUGCAGUCAUUCUAUAUUCAUUUUUGGGCGACUGGUGGUUGCCCCCUCUUCUUUUUUUUUCCUUUAGUUUCUAUUGUCCUGUGUUCAACCUUGCAUUGCUCUGAUCAUUUGGAACACUUCCCACUAAAGAGCUAAUUGGAUGUGAAUGGUUAAUCGAUCGAUCAUAAGCCGCUUUAUGAUCCUGGAGCAUAGCUGAAAUGGUUCAAAGGAGGCUUCUUUGCGGACUACAUCAAGCCGUUACUCGCCAUGAAACAUGAAGCAUCCGGAUGGUCCUUUAAAAAAGUGUUUACACGAACCUCGGAAAGUGAAUGCUGAAAGAAGAGCUGUUGAUAUUAUUCACAAAAAAUGGCACUAAUAACCGGUAUACCGAAUUCGAAAUACAACCAUUACAAACCAGAUGCUAAUCAUAGAAUCCGCAAAAUGCCAACUCACUAUAUUAACAACGGAACGAAAGCUUUCAAUUUGACAUUGAUCAUUACUGCGGAACAAACCAAGUUCUUCAAAAGCUUUGGAUUUUUUCAAGAUAUCAUAUGUACUAUCAAGAAACAGCACAAGGUUUCGUUCUUGGUGAAAAAAGUGCUAAAACAAUGGAGCGGUGUAAACUUUUCCACGAUCAGAAGGGAUGUCACUCGAGGAUAUUGAAAAUGUGGGAUGACGCUGUGAAAAGAGCCUCAUACAAAUGCAUGUGACGAACAAUUAAUGCCAUUUGCUGCAAUUAUGAGUCAUAACGAUUCCCUGUUUGAUACCUGGACUCUUUCCGAUGACCGAUGUUUGGCGAUGUUCAAGAAUGGAUAAAGGUCAUUAUAACAAUUGGGUUAAUAAUUUUCAACUAAUAAAUUUUCAUUUUUUA